AUGAUCUCGGCAAAUCCUCUUGGUGCGGUCGAGUAUUCCACCAACCUCCUAUACUGCUGCCGGCAGCUUAUGCGGACACUUUCUCCGGUCCCGCCCAGGCCAUCCGCCUCUCCGUCUUAUCUCGAGAAGGGCUUGGCGACGUGCUCUCACGUCUACCUUCGAUGUGCUCGAGUCCACCGGUCUCUGGAACCGCCCUAUGGCGGCCCAUUGCGGGUGCUCUCUCGCGGGACAAAGACGCUCCGUACUCAACGCGACAAUCGUGAGGAGGUCGGGAGUGUGGACCGUCCGGACUUUCCGUCGGACGUGCCCUGUGGUCCCUUACCCUCUGUUCCCCCACCUCUUCCAGCCUCUAUUCCACCGUCCCGUAUUUUCCCUCUUCCCCCCUGUCCGCUACCGGCAGGAUACGGAAUUGGGAACGUCUUGGAGUAA